GAUUACAUUAUGCAUAGUUAAAAUAUAUAGGGUAUAGUAGUUGUGCAUACUCACUGGUCAGUUUGGUUAGGAUAAAAUCGAUGUUAGUCGUUAGAGAGCAGUUCUCUUGGAAUCAUGGCAGAAGUACGGCUUUAUGACUCAACAAUUUGUCGGUUAUGUGCAGAAGAUAAUGGUAAUGGAGAAUUACUUUAUAUGGGAGAUGGUGAUGAUCCAGAUUUAAGUUCUAUGGUCAAUCGGUACUUGCCGCUCAAGAUUCAUGAUGAUGGCAAAUUACCACGUACUAUUUGUCCUGGUUGUAAUAUUCAACUGGAGGCUACAAUACAGUUUUUUGAAUUAUUGGUGGAUGGUCAAAGGAAAAUUCGUGAGAUGUGGAAACAUCAGGUAGAACAACAGCGUAAAGCAGAACGAGAACGUCUUCGUGCAGAAAAGGAAAAUACAGAAAUUAGAUCUGAAACAUUACACUUAGAUAAUAUUUCAAGAUACAAUGAAGAAGAUCAAUUUGAACAACAGAUUAUAAUAAAAAUAAUGCCAGAUGGUUCUAUGUAUGCUGUGGAUCAUGAAAUGAGUUUACAAAUGGAAGGUUUAAAUAAACCUAAACGAAAGAGAGGGCGUCCACCAAAAUCUCAAACAGAAAAUAUAUCUAUGGAAUUAACAAAAGGAGAGGUAUUAGAAGGAGUUAGUCCAGAAGAAGAAGAUAAACAUGAAGAAGAAGCAGAUGAAAUAGAUGGAGAUGGAAGACGUCGCAGAAAACGUAAAGUUCCAAAAAGAUAUAUGGAAGCAGUUCAAGGUAAAGAAUUAGAAAGAAUAUAUAAAGAAGAGGGAGUAAUUGAUGAAGAAGAUGAUGAUGAACAAGAUACUUUUGAAGAUUCUGAAGAACAAUUAAAUAUGUCAGUUCCUGAUAGUCAUGAAGAAAUAAUUGGUCAUUUAGAAUCUGAAGAAGGAAAAGAUCUUGGAGAAUUAGUGAUAGUAAAUCGAGGUAGAGGACGAGGACGACCGAAAUUACGUCGUAGAAGAAAUAAAUUUACAUGUCAAUUAUGUGGUCGAGGAUUUCUUCAGCGUAGUAGAUAUAUUGUACACAAGAGUUUCCACAAAGGUAUAAAAUAUGAAUGUUCAGAGUGUAAAAAAUUAUUUACAAAUAAGGAAAAUUUAGGAUUGCAUCAAAAGGCAACUCAUCAUAUUGGAAAUGAUAUUAAUCAAGAAUUCGAACAUGUUGUGCAAGAUUCAAGUUUAGAAUCAAAACGUCAUUUAUCUGGGGAAGAUAAUAUUUCUAACGUAAUAGAUCAUGUUUUAACUGAAGAACAACAUACAAAUAAAUUUUCAAAUAAUUCUAGUGAUUACCAAAAAAAUUUUUCAUGUGAACAAUGUAAAAAGUUAUUUGAAACAAAGGAAGCAUAUGAAUUACAUAUUAAAGUAGUUCAUGAUCAUGAUAAGUUAUUUAUUUGCACUAUAUGCAAUAAAAAUUUUACUCAACAAACGGCUUUAAAACAUCAUAUGUCAAUACACGAGAGACAUAAAUUAGAGAAAGAAUAUCCAUGUGAUAUUUGUGGAAAAGUACUUAAUCAUCCUAGUUCUGUAGUAUAUCAUAAAGAAGCAGAACACAAUAAUGGUCGACGAUUUGUUUGCAAUAAAUGUGGGAAAAGUUUUAAACAUAAGCAAUUGUUACAACGUCAUCAACUUGUGCAUUCUGAUGAUAGACCUUAUAUUUGUAAAUCUUGCAAUGCCAGUUUUAAAACAAAAGCGAAUUUAAUUAAUCAUCAAUCUACACAUACUGGCGAAAAAAAAUAUUUUUGUGAAAUCUGUGGACAACAAUUUGCACAUAAAACUAGUCUUACAUUGCAUUACAGAUGGCAUACAGGACACAAACCAUAUACAUGUGAGGUAUGUCAUAAAAGUUUUUCACAAAAUGGAAAUUUACAAGAACAUAUGCGAAUACAUACAGGAGAAAAACCUUAUUGCUGCGAUUAUUGUGGUAGAAAGUUUACUACUUCUUCACAAUUUAAACUUCAUGUUAAACGACACACUGGCGAGCGUCCUUGGAAAUGUGAAUUUUGUGCAAAAUGUUUUUUGCAUAAAGAUACAUGGAAAUGUCAUGUGCGCAGACAUAAAGGAGAACGACCUUUUCAAUGUGCUCAUUGUAAUCGAGGUUUCACAGAGCAAUGGGCUUUAAAAAAACAUCUUCGUUUGCAUACUGGUGAAAAACCUUAUUCUUGUGAUGUUUGUGGAAAAGCAUUUGCAGAUUGUUCAAACUUAACAAAGCACAAAAAAGUACACAGAGAAACCAAACUUUCUACAAUAAAUGAAAUAGAAGGAUCUCCAAUUGGAGAAGUAUGGCAAAUUUUACCUAGUUCUCAAGAAUCUGAUGAACAAUCAUUAACUGAUCAAAUGGCUCAGGUUAUUGCAACAGAUGAUACAUCUGGAGAUGGUAUUCAACAAAUUAUAUAUGUUUCAUACCAAGAUCCAGAUGAUCCUAAUCAAUCUCGAACUUUACAUUUCGUUGAUGCUGGAAUGAUGAGAAAUAAAGAAGAAAAAACAAAUGUAAAUCAAUCAUUAUCACAUUUAAGUGUAAAUAAUGAUGGAAUGCUUUCUAAUCCAGAUCAUGAUACUGGAAAUAGCAAUUCAAAUGAACGAAUAAAUGUAGAACUUUCAGAAUCUGAUCUUCAACUUCAGAUUACAGAUGAAGAAGGUAAUCCAAUUCCUCUUUCAAUUCAAGAUGCCAGACAACUUUUAUCUCAAAGUCAAUUUGUUAAUCAACUUAGUGAUGGUCAAGAAAUUAGAGUUCAUCCUGGCGUAAUACAAGAUGAAUUAACAACACCAUUAAGUGUACAUGUUAAUCAAAAUUCUGAUAUAAAAGAUGUUGAUAUUUCCAAUACAGUGGAUGCAAAAGUGAAAAAUAUUUCAACUGUACAAACAGAUGCAGAAGCAAUUGUGAAGGCAUUACAGGAUGAAGAUACAGAUGCAAAUGCUGUUGCAACUAUUAAUCAAAUGGAAGAAUCGGAACAAUCUGGGAUCGCAGAAAAUGAACAAGCAAUAGAAUUUACAACACAAGAUGGUCAGAAAGUUCGUUUAGUUACUUCUUAUCAUGUUGAUCCAAUGCAACUUGCUUCUGAGUACCUGACUAUUGUAUAAAACUUAAUUAUAAAUUUAUCUAAAUAAUUUCUUUAAACUUAUUCAAGUAGUACUUUAUACUGAUUAAUAGAAUUUUCAAAGUAAACCACUUACUUAUUGACGAAACUUUACUCAAGCAAUAUGAUUAUAAAUAAAUAGUCAAAAAUUAA